AAUGUAGAUGAGAUGUACUUAAGCAGAUCAUCGAAAUCAAUAAAUAAUAGGGUUUUGCAUACAUAGUACAUGCCAAAUGUAAAGACCUUAUUGUAAUUUUUGUUUGCCAAGCCAUAGUCAACAUCUUAACAAGUUAACAUCUUAGGAAUUAAUCCUAGAUUGGAUGAAGCAAAAAAUCCUAAUUGUUCAAAAUGUUUAACAAAAUGUUUAAGAGUGUUUAAUUGCCUUUGAUAAUCUUUCAAAUCUAAUCCUUCCUCAUUGCAAUUUUAAUAUCUAAUAAUUCCCAGAAUUAGGAAUAUCAGAAAUUGAUUAAGUAAUAAAAGGUUUAUGUUAAAUGGAGGAUUGUGAAAACAAGUUAUUUAAAAAACUUGAGCAAUAAAUUGGAAGAAUAAAAACAAUUGUCUUUGAAAUAUUGAAAAAGACGAAGAAUCAAACAAAUAUAAAGUAAAAUGAUUAUUUAUAGAUUCUAAAGAACAUUGAAUAACCGACGUAACAAUUUAUAUAAAAAAAAAAUCUUAACUCAUUCACGUUUGAACUCAUAAAGGAAAAUUCAAUUAAGUAAAAUCAAUGGUGUUGUGCAAUCGCUUUCAAUAGAGAUUAAUCAAUCGUGGUAGCUGGAUGUGAAAAUGAUAUCAAAGUAUUUCAAAAUAUAUAAGGGAAACUGAAUCAAAUAUAAUUCUUAAGAGAGCAUACACAACUAGUCUAGUCUUUAAAUUUCAUGAAAAAUACAAAUAAUUUUGUAUCUGGAAGUAUGGAUUUUUCAAUUAUAAUAUGGUAAGCAAUUAGAAAUAAUUAAUGGAAAUGUUAAUAAAAAUUAAAUGGACAUUAAGAUUAGAUAUUUUGUUUAUUGCUGAACAAUACUGAUGAUCUAAUAAUUUCAGGUAGUCUAGAUUAUACAAUAAAAUUUUGGAUGAAAUAGGAUUAAUGGUUAUGUUAAUAAACCAUAACUGAUCAUACUAAUAGAGUAUUUUCAUUAAGCUUAAAUGAACAAUAAAAUCAAUUGAUAUCUACUUCUGAAGAUUAAUAAAUAUUAAUAAUAGAAUAGCAAAAGUAGAAUAAAUAAUGGUUUGUUACAUAAAAGAUAAUAGUAAAUUAAUUUGGAUUAAAUUAUGUUUUAUAAAGGAUAAUUAAUUUACAUUCUAACCUUAUUGUAAAGAAGUAAUGUAUGUUUAUUAGAUGGAUAUAAAUACUAAAUAAUAUAUAAGGGCUUAGGAAAUUGUUGUAAAGAGUGGUUCAUAUAUCGAUGUUUGUUUAUUUGGAUAAUAAUACAUAUAGUAAAAAUGCAUCCUUUUGAAUAAGAAUGGCAGGAAUGUUAAUUUAAUUAGAAAAAAAGUUAAUGGUGACUUUAUAAUUUAAUAAUCUAUUAAAUUUGAUACUCAUCGUGUUUAUGGAUAAUUAAGUGAUGACGGAGAAAAUUUGAUUACUUGGGAUGAAAUAUCAAAGGAAAUACAAAUAAGAAAGUGUAU